ACAAAGUCAAAAGUCCACCUUUAUAAAGACGAAACUGAGAAGGUUACAAAUCACCGUGGACGCAUUCUCGCCAAUCGGAAACGAGCACGUGUCAAAGCUCCCUUCCUCCUCCGUCGUCAUCGUUCAUCUCUGCAACAAACAAACGACCUGAGGAGCAAAAAAAAAAAAAAACAGAGAGAUCUCUCCUUUAAACAUUUCAUCAUGGUUCUCCGAUCAAAAUAUCUAUGCUCAUUCCUCUUAAUCAUAGCCAUCCUAUCGCACGUUUCUCAAUCUCUCCACUUCGAGUUAAAAUCAGGCAAAUCAAAAUGCAUCUCGGAGGACAUCAAAAGCCAUGCGAUGACCGUCGGAAAGUACACCGUCGUCAAUCCCAACGAGCCUUACCCUACUCCACAAUCUCACAAGAUCAACAUAAGGGUGACGUCGAGUCACGGGAACACGUACCAUCACGCGGAGGAGGUGGACUCUGGGCAGUUCUCGUUCACGGCGGUGGAAGGUGGGGAAUACUCGGCGUGUUUCGCUGCUCACGAUCAUAAGCCUGACGUGACGUUGGGUAUCGAUUUGGAGUGGGGGACGGGUGUUCAUUACAAGAGUUUGGGUAGUUUGGCGAAGAGGAGCAAAGUCGAAGUCAUGGAGUUUGAAGUAAAGGCAUUGAUUGAAACCGUUAACUCGAUUCAUGAUGAGAUGUUUUAUCUUAGAGACCGGGAGGAAGAGAUGCAGGAUCUGAACAGGGCUACAAACUCGAAGAUGGCGUGGUUGGGUUUACUGUCUCUUUUCGUGUGCUUAGGAGUUGCUGGGAUGCAGUUUAUGCACUUGAAGACGUUUUUUGAGAAGAAGAAAGUCAUCUAAGAGGUGUAAAAUGGAAUAAUUCCACUCUUUCUUUCUUUAAUCAGCUCAGGGAAGGGAAUCUUUCACUCUCUGGUGGGUUUUGUAUAUUCAGAUUUUUGUGGCUUGAGCAUAUGGCCUGCCUCUUGAACUAAAUGAAUGUGAAAGUGUUAUGCCAUUUUUGCACUCUGUCAACAGAAAGAAUAA